GCACCUUGCUGGGCAUGUCUCACACCAGACCACCAGACCAAGACAGGCCAGGGCCUCCCCAGCCUCCUACUAUGAAGCUUCUUGCUGUCACCCUCACCCUGGUCACACUGGCUCUCUGCUGCAGCUCUGCUUCUACAAAGGUCUGCCCGAACUUUCCACAAAUCCUCGAAUCCCUCUUCAGGCACACACACCCCAGUUUUGAGACUGUACUGGAAAUUUUCAGCCCCGAUCAGGACAUGAGAGAUGCAGGGAUUGAGUUGCAGAAGCUGGCGGACGCCCUUCCCGAGAAGGCCAGAGUUAGCAUCGUUACAUUCACGGAAAAAGUAGUCCAAAAGUCGGCGUGUCAUUAGCAUUCAGGAAUCCAAAGCCCAUCGGAUUUAGAAGCCAAAGUUCCUCAACUGCCUGUGCCCUGCGCUUCCUGGACUCCACGCCCAGCAGC